AUGUUAGGCCGUAUAACUGCAGCAGCCUUGCUGUUGAUUCUGAAUAAUGCAAACGCGUUGAUACUUCCUCAUGGUGUGGGAAGAUUGCCAGCCCUAGGCUGGAACUCAUGGAAUGCUUAUGGUUGUGAUGUCGAUGAGGACAAGAUCUUGGCAGCUGCUACUCAACUCAAUAUAACCGGUCUACAGGCCUUGGGCUAUGAAUAUGUCAACAUUGACGAUUGCUGGUCCAAUAAAUCCGGCCGUGAUCCUGUCACGAAGCGCCUUCUCCCGAAUCCUGAUACUUUCCCGAGUGGGAUCAGUGGUAUCGCUGAGAAAGUUCAUGCUCUCGGUUUGAAGCUCGGUAUAUAUAGUAGCGCUGGGCUUAAGACAUGCGCUGGCUAUCCAGCCAGUCUCGGGUACGAGGAAAUCGAUGCUGAGACCUUUGCUGAAUGGGGUGUUGACUAUCUCAAAUACGACAAUUGCAACUACCCCCCCGAAUGGAAGGACCAGUACAACUUCUGUGUUCCCGACAGCAUAUUCCCCUUCGUAAACCCUAACGGCACUUGUCCUUACCUCAAGAACCAAGCUCCUGAAGGCUACGACUGGAGUACCUCCAACACCACGAAGCGGUUCAAUCUAAUGAGAGAUGCUCUGAUCGCUGUGCAGAAUAAAAGCGUUAUUCUCUAUUCGCUGUGUGAAUGGGGAAAUGCUGAUGUUACAUCCUGGGGCAAUGCUACUGGUAGUUCGUGGCGUGUGAGUGGUGAUAUUAAUGCUGGAUGGUUUAAAAUAACUUCUAUCGCCAACUUGAAUGCUCAUGCGCUGUCAACUGUUGACUUCUGGGGCCAUAAUGACCCUGACAUGCUAGAAAAUGGAAACGGAUUCCUGACAAUUGAGGAGAAUCGUUCCCAUUUUGGUUUAUGGGCAAUCAUGAAAUCUCCCCUGAUCAUUGGAACGGACGUGUCAACCCUCCCAAGAACACACCUCAGUAUCCUCAAAAACCAAGACCUCAUCGCCUUCAACCAAGAUCCCAUAUUCGGGAAACCAGCGCUCCCAUACAAAGCUGGAUACAGCAACGGCACAUACAACCCGGAACACCCGCCCGAGUACUGGUUUGGCGCAACCUCUUAUGGCUGGAGCCUGGUACUACUAUUCAACUCCGAACACAUCACUGUUAACAGAACUGCUAGGUGGAGUGAGAUUUCGCAACUGAGAAAGCACGGCAAUAAUUAUAGGGUUCAGGAUAUUUGGACGGGAGAAGAUUUGGGUUGUAUCCACAAGGAGUAUACUGUGCAGUUGGAACCGCAUGACUCUGCGGUGCUUAAGGUGACAGGUCCUUGUUAG